CCGUGCCGUUCCCUCCCACGCAGCGGCUGACGUUGAAGGAGGUGUUCGAGGACGGCAAGCCGCGUCUCGACGUCCUCAAGAGCCACCUGGUGAAGGAAGGCCGGCUGGAGGAGGACGCGGCCCUGAAGAUCAUCAACGACGGCGCGGCCAUCCUGCGGCACGAGAAGACCAUGAUCGAGGUGGAGGCUCCCAUCACAGUGUGCGGUGACAUUCACGGGCAGUUCUUCGACCUGAUGAAGCUGUUCGAAGUGGGGGGGUCACCCAACAACACCCGCUACCUCUUCCUGGGAGACUACGUGGACAGAGGCUACUUCAGUAUAGAGUGCGUGCUGUAUCUAUGGAGCUUGAAGAUAAACCAUCCCAAAACGCUGUUCCUCCUCCGAGGGAACCACGAGUGCAGGCACCUCACCGAGUACUUCACCUUCAAGCAGGAGUUUAUCCUGCAGUUUGUGAUUUUUUGCAGAACAACAGUCUGCUCUCUGUAAUCCGCGCUCACGAAGCCCAGGACGCGGGGUACCGAAUGUACAGGAAGAGCCAGACCACGGGCUUCCCCUCGUUAAUCACCAUCUUCUCUGCGCCUAAUUACCUAGACGUCUAUAACAACAAGG